AGAGAGAGAGAGAGAGAGAGAGCUCGGGCGCUCUUGUCCUUCAACAUCAGAGGCCGCUUGGCUGCAGUUGGCCCGAGUCACUUGGCCGGGAUAGAAGCCUAGUUCACAGCUCGUAACUGGGGAAGCCCAAGCUCGUCUGGGUUACCGGGGAGUUCCCCAGUUCCAUUACGUCCUGAGUACAGAGCCAUUGGAUACGGAAGGGGCUGAUUAUAUCUCAGAUAGAGAGGAAGAAAACAGCUGAGCUUUCGUACGGGUUGGUACUUGGGGGAGCUGAGAUUUGCCACUUUUACUGGUUGGUGUUCUACCCGAGUGUCCCGCGUGGCAAAAACGAAAGAAUAACGUCCAGUGUCGGUGACAAAAGACGUUCUCUUUGGAAAGGGAAUCCUGGCAAACCCCCUCGUGCAUCAUCGUCUUUCAGCCAGCGGCAUGGGAGUUGAUUUGCACUUGGAGAAGAUCAGAUGCGGAGCAGGGCUUGUGUUCACCGCAACAGGCCUCUUCGUCCUUCUCUUCCUUCAUGGCCUGGUCGCAGGGGCAACCCCAAAAUUACAACACCACCACGUGAUGAGCAAACGGGAGCUCCGAUCUGUAUUCCACGUUGAAUCUCAUGAUGAAGAUCAUUUCUUCAACUCUUGCACUCUCUGUCUCCAUUAUCUGGGACAUGUGCGGUCUCCAGACGUUGUUAUGGACGUGUUGCGCAAUCCGUUUCCCCGAGAUCAGAGGGGAGAAAGAGCCUGCAGACUACAGAAAGAGCUUUCUACUGUAUAUCCUAACCGGAACGAAUCUCCCCGAAUUACGAGAGGGGAAGACAUGGCGAUGAAAAUUGCUUCCAUCCCCAUGACUCGCAAGUCUUUCGUGCCAGAAUACGAUGUGGUGCAUGUACGGAGUAUACGACGGAGGAAGCGGGAAGCUGAUAGCUCUGAGGAAGAUCACAUCCUCCAUCUUCGCCCCUUUGGAGAAGACAUGCAGUUGAGGCUUCAGAGGAAUGACGAUCUCCUGAGGAAAGCCAAAGAGCUGCAGAUGUUCUGGGCUGAUACUAAGGAAGACGGUCAUGUGCAAUACGAACCUGUGCCUCCUGAGGAGCACGGCGAACUCGGAGAACUGUAUCAAGACACCCACCGAGAAGCAGCUCUGCUCGUCGACAGGCAUCCUCAAGAUGGGUCCCUUCUCCUGGACGGGACCAUCGGCACGGAGCUAGUCAUUCGUCCGGCACCGGACAGCGUGAAACGCCAGUACUCGCAACAUCACCAUGACGAAGACGAUGACGAACUUUUCCUCGAUGAACAGGAAAAUCUCGUCGACGACGUGGUCUCCCCAGAUGGUUUCCCCAUGAAAACUCUUCGUUCUCGGAAGAAUUUCACGGAAACCAGGCGGGGAUUGCACGUCGUCUUCAAGAGGUCCCAACCCGACAUCACGACUGACUACGCUUGGAUGGAACCGGACCGAAUUCCAAUGAAUGGGAAACCCCGGCUGAAGCGAGCUGCUGCACCCUAUGUGAUCUAUCCUGAGAUCUUAGUCAUCGUCGAUUACGACGGAUACAUCUUGCAUGAUGGUGAUAACAGGAACGUGAAGAAGUAUUUUGUAUCCUUUUGGAACGGAGUAGACUUGCGUUACAAACUUAUCGAGGGUCCCCAGGUCCGGAUUUCCAUAGCCGGAAUCAUCAUCUCCAGGGGCCGGGAUGCGACUCCGUACUUGGAGAGGAACAAAGUAGGACUGGAUGCCAUCGACUCUGCAGCUGCACUCACGGACAUGGGCAAGUACUUGUUCGUGGAAAGGCGCCUGCCAACUUAUGACAUCGCUGUCGCCAUCACCAGGUACGACCUGUGUCGUCGCCGUGUCAGUGGGAGGUGCACUAAAGGAACUGCUGGAUUUGCCUACGUGGGAGGUGCAUGUGUGGUGAAUAAGAGAUUGGAGAAGGUGAAUAGCGUGGCCAUCGUAGAAGACACAGGAGGCUUCUCAGGAAUUAUUGUCGCCGCACACGAAGUCGGCCACCUGUUGGGAGCAGUGCACGAUGGAUCACCACCACCCAGUUAUUUAGGGGGGCCUGGGGCCACUAAAUGUCGUUGGGAAGACGGCUUCAUCAUGAGCGACCUCCGACAUACGGAUAGGGGCUUCAAAUGGUCACCUUGCAGCAUUGAGCAAUUCGAUCAUUUUCUCAAUGGAGAUACGGCAACGUGUCUGUACAACUCCCCACACGAAGACGAGAGCCUCCCACGAGUAUUGCCCGGGAAACUGCUCAGUUUGGAUGCCCAAUGCAGGAAGGACAGAGGAACAUCUGCUUGCUUUAAAGACGACAGGGUAUGUGCUCAACUCUUCUGCUUUGACGCCAAAUCUGGAUAUUGCGUCUCAUAUCGACCAGCAGCGGAGGGAUCACCCUGCGGGAAUGGACAGUUCUGCCUGAAUGGCCGUUGUGUACUGGAACACGAGAAUGCCAUUCCGGACUUCACAAGCCUCACUGAAACGUUUGACGGGAUUGAUCGCAUCGGGAGCAUAGGCUUAGACGUGGCAGCCACCCAUCAAAGGCCAAUCUUUGUCACGCCAACAACUCCUGUGCCUACUCAAUCGACAACAUGGAAGAAUCCUUGGAACAACAGAUGGAAGGUAUCACCCCGUCCUACUACAGCUUCGACUACCACCACCACUACCACCACAACCCAAACCACUUACGUCCCACCUUCAUCUCCUCCAACAACUGCCUCUUCUGUCCUUCCCUUUAGCCGAAGUUUUCCAUGGUGGAAUAACUGGAGGCAAAAUCACAGUACAGCAGCAAGAACAACACGAUCUACAACCAGGAUAACUACUGUCACUACUACUACAAGGCCAGCCUCAACACCAACCAGGACACCUAGCACAACCAUAAAGUACUACCCUGCCAAAGAACCCAUCCAUGAAGUCUCACAGGAACCUAAGUCCAUCACAAAUGAUGCCCCAAACGCCCUUGAUGAAGGUGAAAUGAUCAUGGUUGGUCUUCUUGGUGAUAGAGAGGAAAAACAAGUGGUGGACCAUGUGUGUGAACAUGCACUUUCUGCUAAUGAAGUCAGCGCAAUUUUCCAUGGUGUUUGCACAUAUACAACCCACCACUUGGUUUUCCUCACCAUCACCAAGAAGGCUGGCCAUAAUUAUCUCACUCAGAGCCUGGAGAUAUUUGUUGGGAUAUUUGGGGUUGCCAAAAUUGCAUUCCAAUGUGUUGUGACAUUGCCUGUUGCCAUACAGAAGUAA